ACAGAGUCUAGCCCGACAGCGCGUCUCAGACUCUUAAGCGGGGAGAGCGUGAGAACGCGAAAGCAGUAACAGCCCUCUCGGCUCCGGCAGCCGCUUCUCCUCGCCAGCUGCAAGGGCCCGACUAGCGCCGGGAGAGAAAAGGCGGGGAGGGGAUCCUGGAGGGGCCACAGAGACACAUUCCCUGAAUCCUGUUUCUCUCCGCCGCCCCCUCGCUCUCCCCCUCCUCCCCUCCCCGCCUCGCUCUCCCCUCCUUUCUUUCUUCCUCGCGCUUCCCCUUUCCUUCCUCCGCCUCACUUUCUCCCCCCUCCUCCCUUACCUCUCUUUUCCCCCUUAUUUUGUCUCUGCCUCCCCUCCCACCCCACUUCCCCCUUUUUAUUUUUUUUUUAACCUCAGCUUUUGCUGGCACUGCACUGCAGCUGCUCCUACAGCCAGCCGUCCUGCCUGCUUUUUCUCCUCCUCUUUCUUUUCUCUCCCCCCCCAACCCGUUUCACCGGUGCCAGACAAACAAGCGCCUACCCCCACCCCAAGAAAGCAUCUUUUGGGGGGGGGCGGACCGAUUUCGCAGAUUAGCUUGAAAUUUCAGAGGACCGAAGAAAAGCGAAAGAAGCGGGACGAGCCCCCUCCUCCUCCUCCUCCCCCUCCCUGCUCCCCCCACCCCGAAGGGAGAAGCCAGUUAUCCUUCUAGCAGCGGCGGCGGCAGCAAACAUGAUGGCGGCAGCUCCUAUCCAGCAGAACGGGACCCAUCCUGGGGUACCCAUAGACCUGGACCCGCCGGACUCUCGGAAAAGACCACUUGAAGCUCCCCCUGAAGCCGGCAGCACCAAAAGGACCAACACGGGCGAGGACGGCCAAUAUUUUCUAAAGGUCCUCAUACCUAGUUAUGCGGCUGGAUCUAUAAUUGGUAAGGGAGGACAGACAAUUGUUCAGCUGCAGAAAGAGACUGGGGCUACCAUCAAGCUUUCUAAAUCCAAAGACUUUUACCCAGGUACGACAGAGCGGGUGUGUUUGAUCCAGGGAACAGUGGAAGCACUAAAUGCUGUGCAUGGCUUCAUUGCUGAAAAGAUCCGAGAAAUGCCUCAAAAUGUGGCCAAGACAGAACCAGUUAGUAUUCUGCAGCCUCAGACAACCGUCAAUCCAGACCGCAUCAAACAAACAUUGCCAUCAUCCCCAACUACCACCAAGUCCUCUCCAUCUGAUCCCAUGACCACCUCCAGAGCUAAUCAGGUAAAGAUAAUAGUUCCCAACAGCACAGCAGGUCUGAUAAUAGGGAAGGGAGGUGCUACAGUCAAGGCUAUAAUGGAGCAGUCAGGGGCUUGGGUGCAGCUUUCCCAGAAACCUGAUGGGAUCAACUUACAAGAGAGGGUUGUUACUGUAAGCGGAGAACCUGAACAAAACCGCAAAGCUGUUGAACUUAUCAUCCAGAAGAUACAAGAGGAUCCACAGAGUGGCAGCUGUCUCAAUAUCAGUUAUGCUAAUGUUACAGGUCCAGUGGCCAAUUCCAAUCCAACGGGAUCUCCUUAUGCAAACACUGCUGAAGUAUUACCAACAGCUGCAGCUGCAGCAGGGCUCUUAGGACACGCAAACCUUGCUGGAGUUGCAGCCUUUCCAGCAGUUUUAUCUGGCUUCACAGGCAAUGACCUGGUGGCCAUCACCUCUGCACUUAACACCUUAGCCAGCUAUGGAUACAAUCUCAAUACUUUAGGGUUAGGCCUAAGUCAGGCAGCAGCUACUGGCGCUUUGGCUGCAGCAGCUGCCAGUGCCAAUCCAGCAGCAGCAGCAGCCAAUUUGUUGGCCACCUAUGCGAGUGAAGCCUCAGCCAGUGGCAGCACAGCUGGUGGUACGGCGGGGACAUUUGCAUUAGGUAGCCUGGCUGCUGCUACUGCUGCAACCAAUGGAUAUUUUGGAGCUGCUUCUCCUCUAGCUGCCAGCGCCAUUCUAGGAACAGAGAAAUCCACAGAUGGCUCAAAGGAUGUAGUUGAAAUAGCAGUGCCAGAAAACUUAGUUGGUGCAAUACUUGGAAAAGGAGGGAAAACGUUAGUAGAAUACCAAGAGUUGACUGGUGCAAGGAUACAGAUCUCCAAAAAAGGAGAAUUCGUUCCUGGCACAAGGAAUCGGAAGGUAACUAUUACUGGAACACCAGCUGCAACCCAGGCCGCACAGUAUUUAAUAACACAACGGAUCACGUAUGAGCAAGGAGUUCGGGCUGCCAAUCCACAGAAAGUGGGUUGAUCAUGCUAAACAUGAGAUUGUUUUAAACCCCUCCUUACCUUAUUUUCAAGAAGGAUGUACUGUACUUUGCAGAAGUGAAGUUUUUUUCUGUUAUUAAUAUAUAAUUAUGCAAAUGAAUGCGACUAUGUUGACAAUGUGUAUAUGUAAAUAUAAUGUGUUUUACCAGAUGUUUCAUAGAAAAAAAUUUUCUUGACCUGUUUUGUUCUCUAUACUUUGCUUGUGUAUAUUUGUCAGAGGUGUUUCUAGUGUAAGAUUUAAGCCUGCCAUUUUACCAGCAUUAUUGUAGUUUAAUGAUUGAAUGUAGAGAGGGAAAUGCGUAAAGUUUUCAGUAUUAGUUCUAGCUAACACUAAAUUAACUACUGUUAGGUUGGGUAUGGUGGGGUCAGUGACCUAAAACGGAGUGAGGCCAAAGCACUGUCAUGUCAGUCUUACUUCCUGCUUAGGGCACAGUGAAGUAGGAAACAAUAUUUUGAAACUAAGUUUUAAAAUUUAAAAUUAUCAAAAAGCAAUAUAGUUGCAUAAAAGCACUGUAAAAUAUUUAAAAGGUUAAAACUGUGGAAAAUUAUAUUGGUAAGUUUACAGAUCAAUAAAAAGCACCUGUUCUCCAUCUGAACUAGACAAUGGAAAUAAUGCUGCAUGCUGGCCAUGGCCCAUUCUUCACCAUUUGUAAGUUCAACAAAAGUUCUCACAUGGAGUCCCACCUCUAACUGAGGUUUGUACAUUUGUUUUUAAGCACUGAAAUCACUACUGAUCCCAUUGCCUGGCCAGUAGAACAGUCAUUACUCCAUUAACAUCCUCACUGUUUAGACACAUAACUGUGGUACAGUGUAUUGGAAAUUUUAUAAACAAAAAAGUGGAAGUGCCAACAAAUUAUUGAUAGCUGAUAAUGUUUCAUUAUCUGCAACUGCUUGAGAAGUAUGUUGCAUUUUAAGAGCUUAUAAUUGUGUAUAAUUUGUUAACACUAGAAACCUAUUAGUAUUGUGAAUGUAGAUUUUACUGUGAAGCUAUCUGUGAUUUAGCUGUUUUGCUCCCAUGAUGGAGUCUUUGCAGCAUGGCGCUAGCAGCCAAUGCAGUUUCUGAUACUCAGUAAUUUGCAUGUUUUGUGGAACAUUUUUAUGUCACCAAUCAGACAGUAUUUCCUGCAUGCUUAUUUAGAAGAGGCAGUUUAUCUUGAGAGGUAGUGUGGCCUACCAUUGUCAGGCUUUUUGACAGGUCAUUUCAGACUAAGCCUUUGUUUCCAAGACCCUACAACUGUCACCCUCUUCUGUACCUCUCCUGAGUGCCAACUGCCCAGGCCAUUGACCCACCAUCUGUUAACCUCUGAGUUUGCCCACUCAAGGCCACUCAUAGGGGCAUCCAUAACCAAGCACGUCCUCAUGCUGUGCAUGCAGUCUUAAAUUCAAUGGACAAAAAUAAAAUGCUGGCUACCUCUGGAUCAUCUGGCUGAGCAACUGAAUUUCAAAAGAGAAUUACUUCCAUCUCAACUUCAACCCAUUGAUUACGUCCAUCCUAGCAAGCUAAAUGGCAUCCCAGCUGCUCCUUUCUGUGCAACCAAUUAAAGAACAAUGAGUGUGAUGCUCCAUGUCUGAAUUUCGUCCAGCCUCUCUCUGAACUGUGAUCUUUGUCCUCAUGAACUUUCCCUUUUGUUCAUUGAACUAUAUGGACUCUUCAUUUCAUAUUGAUUUACUGUGCAAUUUACUUUUGGACAUUGAGAACUUGAAAUAAUUCCCUGAUCCUUCCCUUCCCCAUCCCCCCACUCCUUCACUAUUAAUAACUCAUUUCUGUCAAACUGUAAGAGUAGAGUCAUUUUUAUUUUCUUUUUAGUUUUUAACAUAGGAUUGUUAUUUCAUUUAGUUCUCGGUCUCUAAAUAUUUAUUUAGAGAAUUAUUAAAAAGGGAAUGAUAUGCUUGUUUAAAAUGAAAGAGAAAAGCUGUAGUAAACUGUGUUACUUGGUAAUGACUAUUUAUCGUCGAUACUCUGUAGCUGUGUAAGUUUUGACAAAUAGUGUAUCUCGUGAAAUCAGUGGUUAGCAUUGCCGCUAUUAUAUUUACUCAUUUUAUCAUUAUAAAUGUGCUUAGUUCAUCAUGUAGCAUCACUUGUCUCCCGUCUCAUUUUUUCCUUGCAUGUCACAAGUCUCAGACCAUUUAUAAUACAUUAACAGUGAAUAAUAUCUAUGUAAAUUUAUUUGUCCAUGCUGUCUCAGAGUCAGCAUGGAUGCUGGCAAGGCAACUAUUGGGGCCCUAUCCUAGGUUAAACUGGUAAAGGGGAUGAAAAAUAAAAUGUAUUAGGAUGUAUAUUAGAAGCAUUUCAAAUGUUGGGUGUUUAAAAUGUUUUAUUUAGACUUAGAAGACUUCCAGCCUGUUAUAUCAAAAUUCUACUAGUCCACUGUGGAAACCAUACAUUUCAUCUGGAAUUAAUGUUAAAUUGAGAUAAUCAUUUAAAGAAGAAGGAAAAAAACACUUUGUGUAUUUUUUUAGCCUUGAUGUUGACAAAAUGCACAUAGUUGAACUUUUAAAAUAUAAUUGACAAUCCUGGAGCUUUUGUGGCCCACCAUCAAUGCAUAUAUUUUAUUAUAUAUGUGUUGGUUAAACUCUAUAGCUAAAUUGAAAUUAUUCAUAUUUUAAGUGUGAUAGUAAUAACAAGAGUUUGCAUGCAUUAUCUGUAAGCCAGCUUCAUGCUGUUUAAAAUAUAUUUUGAAAUUUAUAGGUCAUAUAGUAUUGAUUUGUAAAAAGAUUUAACUUAUUGCAAAGCAAUUAGUAUAUGGUUUCAAAGCUCAUCAUGUGUACAGCAGAGGCUGUUCCACUAUAGUGAUUUAAAAUGGAGAAAACUAAUGAUACAAGGGCCAAACAUCUUAUAAAAUGCACCUAUUUAUAGAUUUGUUUUACUAUAGGGAGGCUGGUGAACACACUGAAUAAGAAUUACCUCAGUUCUGCAGCUUUCUAUGUCUUUUUAAUGCAUUCUGUUUCAGGGUCACUUUCAAUCAAUAUUUCAUUUACUUACUGAGAUUGAAUAGGCGCUCUGAGACACAGUGUGCUGUUUAUCAUACAGAUUGGACACCUCAUUCUAGAUCCAAGAUCUUUUCCUCAACGCUGGGAGCUGUCCUUUCAGCACCACAAAUUACUGCUUGAAGUUGCAUUGCAAUUUUUUUUUUAAUUUUGUUUUGUUUUGUUUUUCUUUUAUCACCUGGAGCUUUUCUUUCAGCACCACAACAUUGCACUUAGACUUUUUAAAUGGCUGCCUUCCUCUUUGCACUGAAGACCUAUUUCGUCUGCACUUCCAGUUAUUGCUAUUACCUGUAGGACUUUCAAUCCUAUUCCACCCCCCACCACUUCACCCCUUUCUACAAACAGUUUAAAUCUAUCUAUUUCCGUGGAAGUCAUUUUUCUCAUUGAAUGAUCAGAAACAAAGAUAAAUUCUAACCUUUAACGGCUCAUUCCGACUCAUUGCUUACAGUAGAUCUAAGCUCUUUUUUCUGCUUAUUCGACUCCUUCCAGCUUCCCAUCACAUCUGUAACAAACUUUUAAAAUAUUGCCACACCACCAUGCACAAGCCUACCUGCACAGUAGAGAUAGAUUAUUCCAUCACAUUCAGAUGGUUAACAGAGGUUAGCAAGUCCUGUAUUUAUAUAUCUAUAUAUUUAUAUCGCUUUCUAAGAAAGUGCAUAUUAAUGUUUACUUUAAAGAAUGUGUAAAUGGUGCUAUCAAGAAAUCUGAUAAAUUUUAUCCCAGUUUUGUGUACCAGUUCAAAUGUAUGAGAUUUAUUUUUCUAUUGGAAAAAAUAAACAGUCUUGAAGCA